GGACGAAACCAGAGAAAGUGAUGGACAGUGAGGAAGAUUGGAUGAAAAGAAAAAGAGAGAGAAUAAAUUCCAAGGCAAAUGCAGAUAUAAACUUCACCACUUAAAAAGGCAGAUUGGAAGUCUUUUACUCUGUGGCAUAUAAAACCUCCACCAAACAUAACACAAACCCUUCCCUCCAGAGCAAAUUCUGAUAUAGUCAGCGCCAUAUUCGUUGCUAAAACACCUCUGUCUGGUCUGUUUUUCCUUUUGAGUUGCAGUUUGCAAAUAUGAGCGACCCCAAGUAUGCUUAUCCCUACCCUGCUCAAGGUUAUUAUCAAGGGCCCCCAGUGAUGGCACCACCACAAUAUGCUGCUCCACCACCAAAGAGAGGGCCUGGUUUCCUUGAGGGCUGUCUUGCAGCUUUGUGUUGCUGCUGUCUUAUUGACGAGUGUUGCUGUGAUCCCUCCAUCAUCUUUGUGAGCUGAUAAUCCCUGUAAUUACACAACAUCUGUAAUCUCACUUCUAUUUUUAUGGGAUAUAUCUAAGAGCAGUGUAAUGCAGUAAGGUUUGAUCUUGUGAAAUUGUUUUCUAUUUUGUGCUUUGGACAUCUAGUUUGUUCCUUGUAGUUGCUGUGCCAUUAUUAUCCUUGUAAUUCUCUAAGCAGUGAAUAAUAUAAUUAUCAAAUCUAUAAUUGUGAUGAAACUUCUAGUAA